AAGGACCUGCGGGCGGGCCCCAGGGUGAGUGCGGUGGAGGCGCAGCCAGAGACCGGCCGGAGCCUGAACCUGAGCCAGGGCGGGGUCGCAGCUGCCGGGGUCGCAGCUCUCCCGCCCGGACCCCGGCGAGGGACGCGUCCUACGGCCGGACGGCGGCCGGCGUUGGCACGAGGCCCCUGCCCCACAGCUGAAGACGGACUCCACCGGGACCGGCACCCUGGGGCAGCGCGUGAGGCUGCCGAUCAGGCGACCGCAGAGUCCCGGCAGUGUGCGGGACCGGCGGUCGCCGCCGCCACCGCUGCUGCUGCUGCUGCUGUUGGGACUGGUGCGGGAGGGCGCAGCAGAGAGUCCCUGGGGGCUGCCCUUGGUGGCCGAUAGCCCGGCGGCCAGGGCAAAAGUGGUGAUGGCAGAACUGGCACACCUGAAGUUGGAAAAGAAGCCGUGGCCUGCAAGGACACACUCGCUCCACUACUACUACCUGGCCCUAUCAGAGCCAGGCCCGAGCCUCCCGAAGUUUCUGGCUGUGGGCUACGUGGACGACCAGCCCUUCAUCCGGUUUGACAGUCGUGUGGGCAAGGCUGAGCCCCAGGCCCCAUGGAUGACACCAAUGGAUGCCCAGUACUGGGAGACGGAGACCAAGAAGCAGGAGAAAUGGGCGGAGGUGCAGCAGGUGGAGAUGUGGACGGUGAUGGGCUACCACAACCACAGCAGCGGCAUGCACAGCACUCAGCGCAUGUUCGGCUGUGAGAUCCAGGAAGACGGCCGCUACAGGGGCUUCUGGCAGUUUGGCUACGAUGGGCAGGACCACCUGUCGCUGGACCUGGAAACCCUGAGCUGGGUGUCAGCUGAGCCCGUGGCCACGCGGACAAAGCACUGGUGGGAGACAGAGCGCUGCUACGCAGAGUACGACAAGGCCUACCUGGAAGGCCCCUGCCUUGCCUCCCUGCACAGAUACCUGGAGCUGGGAGGCCAGAGAUUCAGCCGGAGAGAGCCACCCACAGUGCGGAUAACAAAGCACUCGGCCAAGGAUGGGGGCACCACCCUGAGGUGCUGGGCCCUGGGCUUCUAUCCACACGACAUCUUGCUGAGCUGGUGGCUGGGGGAGAAGGAGCUGGAUUCUGAGUAUGUGGAGACACGCCCCAGUGGGGACGGCACCUAUCAGACGUGGGCGGCUGUGUGGGUGCCGGCGGGGGAGAAGGCCCAGUACACCUGCCACGUGCAGCACUCCAGCCUGAACCGCACGCUCACUGUGUCCUGGGAGUCCUCUCAUCCUGGACUUAUUGCCAUGGUUAUCUCCCUCAUCCUGGUCUUGCUGGUGGUUGUUGGUGGUGUGAUCUUGACCAAGUGCAUUCAAGCCAGGAAUAAGGAAUCUUACGAGCAAGCCCCAGGUGGAGAGGACCCCCAUAAUUCCCAAAGCCCAGCAAGAGCUGGGGCUACUCAACUCAUCUGCUGACAGAAGGUCACCGUCACAGAUCAAGGAGGUGUUUUGUGGGGUGUUUGGGGACCUGAAGGCCCCCUGCGCACGCUGGCUGGCUGGUGUGAAAUCUGACUGUGAAGGGCCCACCCCACCCCAGCACUGAGGCGUCCUCCCCCCAUCAGCCUUGUUACAAGCGGCCUGUGCCACUAAGACAGCUCUGCCAUCUUCCUGAAGUCCUUUUAAAAGUCUAAUUAUUUCCUGUUUCGGGGAUGGGGAGGAGGGCAGUAGUAAUUCCUCAGAUUGUUUUACACUUGACAAGUUGCAAAAUGAUUUCAUGUUAAGUGUAAAUCCCACUUGAGCCUCUCAGGCCCCCUGUGAGUUUGGCUACGUUAUUCUCAUUCCCGCUUCCCCAACGUGAAAACCAAGGGUCUGGGCAGUCAGGGAAGAACCAGAACAAUAGUCAGAGAGCUACAGGGGCAGCACCCUUCAUGCACCUGCCAGCAUCAGGAAGAAAUGGCUGAAUGCCUGCCUCAUUUAUAAGUGUGUUCUUUUAUAUAUGUCUGAUCCCCUUUUGUAAAGAUUAGAGUGUUGGGGCUGUGAGGGUGUAGGGGAGGCGGCAAGGGUGGGAACAUGUGUAUGUGAGGGUGUGUGGGUGUGUAUGUGUGAGGGUGAGAGGAUAUAGGGUGUAUGUGAGGGUGAGUGUAGGUGUGGUGAGUGGGUGUCCUUGCGUAUAGGAGGAGAAGCUCAGAGAGACAGGUGCCUGGGGGCCUGUUCGUUGGUCCCAGGCAGCUGGAGGAUGAGAAACAACACAGGCCAUAUUUUCCAUUAUUUCCUGUCCUUUUGAAUGACUUGAAUUUUUGCAAUAAGCACGUGUUACUUUUACAAUAAGGGAAAGACCCCUUUUCGCUGUGUCCUGUGGAAAUGCUUGUGAAGGAUACGUCUGGAGAAGGCCCAGCCUCACCUCUGCAUUUUCAGUGGAGCAGAAACCCCAUGUCUCCUCUGUGAACAAGAAUCCAGUCCCACGGCCAUUUGAUGUGCUAAGGGGCUGGGACUCCAGAGCCCUGGCAGAGAGAGGGAGCGCUCCACUGUCAUAAAGGACACAAGGCCAGACCCCUCCCAGGGCACCCUCUGCCUCCCCUUCAGCUGACCCCAAGGUGUGACAGAGACUCCUGUGGGGACUUUUGAAACCUCCGUGUCUGCAGCCCUGGGAGGUUCCGAGCCUGAGGAUGUGAACGACUGUAAUACUAGAAAAAGAUUCAGCCUGCCCUGGUGGCUUGCAGGACCUCAGCAGUGAGCUUGUAAUUAUCAGAUUGUCCUGAAGACGUGUCUUAAAUGUCUGUCUUUCUCA